AUGAAGUAUGCCGUGCUAUCCGCGCUCUUCCUCCCAGCGUUCGCGUCCGCGCACAACGUGCAGCCCCAUGCACGACGCGCCACGGCCGCAGACGAGAACUCUGCCGCUCUUUCCAACGCGAACACUGCCACAGCCACCUCCGUCCUUCCGUCCACCGUCACCUUUUCCUUGAUAUCCGUGAACCCGACUGCCGUCCCGCUCUCGGAGAUCAACACCGGUGCCACUCAGACGCAGUCUACCAUCACUAUCUCUACGACCUACGCGGGCGGUUCGAAGCAGACCUGGAUCCCAAGUGCUCCUGACCUUCCGCCCUCUUUGCCCAACCCGACAAACUACCCCAAGCUGGAUGUCACGCCUCCAACCGACUCCGACGAGGCCAAGCAGUGGAUUCAGGAAGUGAUGGAUUCGGGCGUGUACAUACCUGACACCCCCCCUACGAACCCGGGUGGAUGCGGGAAUAACACGGCGGCUGUGGCCAACGCGUCGUCGACCGGCACUUGCUGGUGGACUUGCGGCGGCUGUCAGAGGACGACGGACGUCUCGGUCUGCCCCACCAAGGACUCGUGGGGUGUCUCGUAUGACGAUGGUCCGUCGCCCUACACGCCGAACCUCCUGCAGUACUUCGGCCAGGAGGACAUCCGUGCGACGUUCUUUGCCAUCGGUUCUCGUAUCAUCUCGCGCCCCGCCAUCCUGCAGGACGAGUACAUGACGGGCAACCAGGUUGCCGUUCAUACCUGGAGUCACCCGUACAUGACGACGAAGACCACGGAGGAGGUCAUCGUCGAGCUGGCCUGGACGAAGAAGGUUAUCAAGGAUACACUUAACGUGACACCGAUCUACUGGCGUCCGCCGUACGGUGACAUCGAUGACCGGGUAAGAGCCAUCUCGCAGGCGUUGAACUUGAUCCCCAUCCUGUGGACGCGCAUCAGUGCGACGCAGACGUUCGAUACGAAUGAUUGGAGCAUUCCCGAAGGCAGCGUGAACGUGUACGAGGUGCUGGACAACUGGGAAAUGAUCAUGGGCAACUCGACCAAGAUCGAUACCGGCUUUAUCGUCCUUGAACAUGAUCUGUUCGAGCAGACUGUCGAUGUCGCGACUGGAUACAUCCUUCCUCAGGCGCUUGCGCACCAGCCGAAGUACAACAUGACGCCAAUCAUCGAGUGCUUGGACAUGCCUCUUGCGAACGGAUACCUCGAGACGAACGAUAACUCCAGCAACCCGCUGCCACUCGCAUCGGUGACUCCGAAACCGUCGUCCUCUGCCUCGGGCGCCGGUGCUUCGAGCACUGGCAGCAGCAGCAGCAGUGGCAAGAGUGGCAGCAGUAGUUCGAGUUCCUCGUCUGAUUCACAGAGCAGCGGGUCGGGCAGCCUCAUGGUCGUCAGCCCCGUGCUACUCAGUGCAGCGAUUGGGGCUGUGGCUGCCGUGGCUACUUUGUUCUUGUAG